GAUCCGCGCGGGAAGCGGCCCGGCCGGCGCCCCGGCACCAUGGAGGACGAGCUCUACCUGGAGAACAUCGACGAGUUCGUCACCGACCAGAACCGCAUCGUAACGUACAAAUGGCUGAGCUUCACCCUGGGGGUUCAUGUCAACCAGGCUAAGCAGAUGCUGUAUGACUAUGUAGAAAGGAAGAGAAAGGAGAAUUCAGGAGCUCAACUCCAUGUCACCUAUUUAGUGGCAGGAAAUCUCAUUCAGAAUGGACACAUUUGCCACAAGGUUGCAGUAGUGAGAGAGGAUAAACUGGAAGCAAUGAAGUCUAAGCUAGCCACAAUUGCUAGUGUGCAUGUCUACAGCAUUCAGAAAGCCAUGCUGAAGGACAGCGGGCCCCUCUACAAUACCGACUAUGAUAUCGUCAAGACAAACCUGCAGAACUGCAGCAAGUUUAGUGCCAUUCAGUGUGCUGCUGCAGUCCCCAGGACGUCAGCUGAAGUUUCUCAAGUUCAGACGUCUGCACAGGCUGAUUCUCAGACAUCAAAUGACACACAUGCUGUCAAUGUGCCUACAAUCAAUGGUCAUGUCUCAUCAACUGCUAAACAGCCCUCCCCUCAGCCCAAAGGCAUCAUGGGAAUGUUUGCUACAAAAUCAGCUUCCAAAUCCCAAGACACAAAUAAAGAAACUAAACCAGAGUCCAAAGAGACAACAGUUGCAACUACAGUAAGCAGCAAAGUUCCACCCAAAGGGAAUGCAAUGAGCAACUUUUUUGGAAAAGCUGCCAUGAAUAAGCUUAAAGUCAGCUCUGAGUGUGAACAGCCAAAGGAAGAAAAAACAGUAGCCAAGCCCUCAGUUUCGGUAAUGGAACCAAAAUCACCCCCCAGUGCAGCAGUGGAGAAACCUGGGAAGAAAAUGGAGCCUGUGAAAAUUCAGCAAAAGGACAAAAGAAGAGCGAAGAGGAUGGAUAUGUCAGAUAACGAGGAGAAAGAGGAUGAAAAUCUGAAGAAAAAGAGGAGGCGAAUCAAACGACCUCAGUCUGACAGCAGUGAAGAUGAAGUCAGCAGUGACUCUCCGCCAGCAUAUGUCUCCGUAUCUCCCACACCUCAAGAAGCUAACCCCCCCUUGCCUUCUCCAGAGCCUGCACUGAAGAUAGAACUAGAACCAGCAACCAUUGAGGCUUCGACAGGAGGGAAGAAGCGAAAACGGAAGCGCGUGCUGAAAUCCAAAACGUUUGUGGAUGAUGAAGGCUGCAUGGUAACUGAAAAGGUUUACGAGAGCGCAUCCUGUACAGAUAGUGAAGAGGAAUUCAUCAAAUCCAAGCUGCCAGCUGCACACAGUCAGUCCACGGCCGCUGUGAAGAAAGAACCCAAGGAGGAUCGGAAGAGCCUGAAGAAAGGGGCAGCCACAGCCAGCAAAGCCAACAAACAAGUCUCCAUCAUGGGCUUCUUCCAGAAGAAAUGA